UACUCAGUCAGCCUCAGCAGUGAAGCAGCUCGUGUUUUUCAAAGGUUUUUUUUCCUGUUCGUCGUGACGGAGUGUCGUAUUUUCGCUAGAAACUGUCGCGGAAGCGUUCGAAAUGGUUAAAAUUCAGUGCAUGAGUAUUCGCAGAUUGUGAUUCCGGUGGAUUUGGGCACAUUUGCGUCUAGGAACUCCCGCAUCAUUGUGGCAGCGCUGGAAUCGAAUGGUAGUAGUGCGCCCCGUUUGGUAGCAAGAGGUUUGCGUUUGUGUGCGGUAUCGUCAUUAGUUUUUGCUGUCGUCGUCUCGUCGGUCGUUCGAUACGUGCACUGCAAAAGAAGACGGUUCACAACCGCACAAGGAAUAUAGAUCGAGAGCGAGACGAUUUUCAGCAGAGCAAACUUUGAAAUUGAAAUUACCUUCGAAUCAACCAAAUAAUUUAUCCAUUGGAGAGUGGCGACCAGCGAAAUUUAUGCAGCAGACCGACAGCUAUUGAACGAACGCAAGAAAGGCUCCACUUUACGGAGGCCAACCAAAACUGGGGCUUGCUUUUUAGCUUCGCUGGACAAGUUGAUUUGACGAGGGGCAAUAGCAGCUGGAGUGAAUUGCGAAAGGAAACUCGAAACUAUCGGGGCAAAUUCUUUACCGUCAAGGAGACGUAACAGAAGCAAGAAAGGCUACUUCUCCUGCGUGUUGUGAAUCGACGAAGCGCUAGAACUAAAGAAGGCGAAUUGGUUCAGAAAAAUAGCCCUGAGUACGAGCUUCAUUGGGAUUGGCUUCAAGAGCCUCGCUACUGGCGGUGAUACUGGUGGCAACAGAGGGGCAUCUGACUGACUGACUGACGAUAGACCGAUAUAUAAUCGACAAUGGAAUUGCGCGUGGGCAACAAAUACCGGCUGGGUCGUAAAAUCGGUUCCGGCUCGUUUGGAGACAUCUAUUUGGGGACAAACAUUUCCACCGGCGAGGAGGUUGCCAUAAAACUCGAAUGUAUCAAAACCAAACAUCCACAGCUGCAUAUUGAGAGCAAAUUCUAUCGGAUGCUCCAGGGCGCUGUGGGCAUUCCGACCAUCAAGUGGUGCGGUUCGGAGGGUGACUAUAAUGUGAUGGUAAUGGAGCUGUUAGGGCCUUCGCUGGAAGAUUUGUUCAAUUUUUGCUCAAGACGAUUCACACUCAAGACUGUGCUGCUCCUUGCUGAUCAGAUGAUUUCCCGUAUCGAUUUCAUACACUCGAGAAGUUUCAUCCAUCGGGACAUUAAACCGGACAACUUCCUUAUGGGACUGGGGAAGAAGGGGAACCUAGUGUACAUAAUUGAUUUCGGUCUGGCGAAAAAAUAUAAAGAUUCCAAAACCAUGCAACACAUUCCUUACCGGGAAAAUAAGAACCUGACCGGUACGGCGCGCUACGCUUCAAUUAACACACAUUUAGGCAUCGAGCAGAGCCGUCGAGAUGAUCUAGAAUCGCUGGGAUAUGUGCUAAUGUAUUUCAAUUUGGGCACGCUGCCAUGGCAAGGACUGAAAGCGGCCAACAAACGACAAAAAUAUGAAAGGAUCUCUGAGAAAAAACUUUCGACUCCAAUCGAAGAUCUGUGUAAGGGUUUCCCACCCGAAUUCGGUUCUUAUUUAUCUUACUGUCGCCAGAUGGACUUCAUACAACGUCCCGAUUACUGCUACCUGCGGAAGGUGUUCCGAACUUUGUUUGCCCGACAAGGAUACACGUAUGACUACGUGUUCGAUUGGAAUAUGCUAAAGUUCGGAGGUUCCUCCCGUCACAACAACACAAACGAUCGGACCAAAGCCGGUGCUGUCGUUCAGGCAAACGAUUCCACGCCCAUCAAUACCAGCAUGGUAGUCACCGGUGGAACCGGUGUUGUACCGACUGCAACCGGAACAAAUGCAUCCUUAGCGAAAAAUGAUUCCUGUAAACAGCUCGCCAACAGACUGGUCCAGAUGAUGGCACAAACCCGACCGGGAGUCGAUGGACAGCAGGUUCCUGUACCCGGAGCACCUCAGCAGCAGCAGCCGCAACCGACUCACAACAACAACGCCGGCGGUGCAAAUCCUGAACCGAUUGCGACCUUCUCUCGACACGACACACCGGAGCGCCGUUCGUCCAUUCGCUUGCGUGGCCAAAAUCUAGACUCACGAAAUAUUGAAUAAUAUUAAAUUCUUUGCUUAAGUUUUUAUUUACAUAUAUAAUUUUAAAUAUUAUAUACGUGAAAAUCAGUCUCCCCCGGUAAGGUGAAUUGCAGGUGAAAGAUAGAUCUAGAGACAGCUUGGAAUGUUUUGCAAUUGGAAGGUUAACCUGUAACUGCAAAAAAACAUAGUAUUGAUCCUUCUUAUUUUUUUUUUACUCAACAAAGAAGGAUUACUACAACAUUAUACAUAGACUAGCUAGAGUGAAAAUUUACACACAAAGCAAAGCCGGGAUGAAAUGAUGAAAUAGGCAGAGAAACAGUUUAUUAUAUGUUUAAGUGUCGGCCUGGCCACUCACUAAGGGGGUGGGUUGCUGAAGGAGAAACACUAUAUGAAAGUUUAGCUAUAAUUGAAUUAUUAAUUAAUUAAUCAAUUAAUUAAUGAUAAUGAGAAAUGUAGUAAGUGAAGCUCGAAAAAGGAGAACAUAAUACAAAAUGGAAGCAGAUGAAAUUGGCAGUUUAACAGUCCCUCACUUUAACAAAAAUCGCUGAAUAAACAGUCACAGACUGUACACGAAACUACACUAUUGUAUGUUUGUAUUCAUACAAGUUCAAUAUACGCGUGGGAGAAAAUGCAAAGUUGGCCGCCAGCUCUCGUAAAAGAGAACAUAGUAGAACUAUAAGCAUAUUUAGAGAUUAAAUCAACAAACAAAACAAAAAAAAAACGGUAACACUUAACGACUUAGUCUUAGGCUACAGUACAUCUACUUCCACUAACUGCAGCAUAACGACGUGGGAAUCCUAAAACAAUCCAACACAUCAUACCAGCUUACUUUUUCUUUUAGCUGGCAUUAAAUUGAUAAAAUGUUUUCUGUUGGGCCAAUUACAGACAUUACAAUAAACAGAAAUUAGUUAAAUGUAAUAACCUUGAUACAAUUGUGACAUCCGACGUAUGUUUGGUUCAUUUUAUUAGCAUCUACUAUUUGGAUUGUAUAUACAAACUUGACAAACACCGUGGCCUAAUACACGAAAAAAUAACAAA